AUGUCUGUCUUGUCCAUCACCCGUCUUCUCUCGGCCUUUUUAUUGCUUCUCUCCGCAACUGUGGCCCAGAUCCCCCGCGACUUGCCACUUGACGAUGCGACCAAGCAGUAUCUCGAAACUCUUCCUCCGGACAAGCUUGCAGCUAUCUUGAAGAUAUACGAGCAGGCCAUUGCGGGUCAGAUACCAGCGCCGCCCGAGCUAAUCCAGCAACAAGAGCUCUAUUGGAGCUACGAUAGGAGCCCGCCUGUAUACCCUACGCCUCGAGGUAGAGGUCUUGGAGACUGGUCCGAUGCCUACAAAGAGGCAGAAGCUAUUGUCAAACAGAUGACCGUUGAGGAAAAAACAGCUGUUGUAUCAGGACAAACCUCGACCGCCAACGGGUGUUCUGGCAUGAUCUCUGGGGUUCCGCGCCUUGGGUUUCCUGGCGUUUGCGUCCAAGAUGGCCCCAACGGUCUUCACGGGGUCGAAGCAGUGAACGGAUAUGCCUCCGCAAUCACUGUUGGUGCGACUUGGAAUAAAGAGCUGGCUCAUGCGCGUGGAAUCUCCAUGGGAAUGGAGGCCAAAACAAAGGGAGUCAACAACUUGAUAGGGCCAACAAUUGGGCCUCUUGGCCGCACGGUUUUAGGGGGCCGAAACUGGGAAUCAUUCUCGGUCGACCCGUAUCUUUGUGGAGUGAUGGGCGCCCAAACAGUACUCGGUCUACAGGAGAACGUUAUUGCGACCGCCAAACACUUCAUCGUUAACGAACAAGAAACCAACCGCCAACCAAGCACUUUCGGCUUUGGCAACGCCUCUAUCUCUGCAACUCUAGACGACAAAACAAUGCACGAAUUGUACUUAUGGCCGUUCCAAGAUGUAGUCAAGGCAGGCGUUGGGUCCGUUAUGUGCUCCUACAACCGUAUCAACGGCUCCCACGGAUGCCAAAACAGCUACACGCAAAACGGACUGCUUAAGACCGAGCUUGCCUUCCAGGGCUACGUGAUCAGCGACUAUGGAGCGUUGCACAGCGGCAUCGCUAGUGCCAACGCCGGUAUGGACGUUACUACCCCCUUCGCUAAAGUUUGGGGAGGGAACCUCACUGCGGCGAUUGCAAACAGCACAAUGAGGGAGGAAAGACUUGAUGAUAUGGUUACGCGAAUCGUCGCAAGUUGGUACAAGCUCGCGAGAUUUGAACCAGGCACCGGACUUCCCGUUGACGUAUCGUCGCCCCACAAGGUGGUAAGCUCAAUCACCCAGGAGCAGAGAAAUACGGUGUUCCAAGGGGCUGUCGAGGGCAUCGUGUUGGUGAAGAACGUCAACGAAUCUCUUCCUCUGCGUAAACCCGCAGUUCUGUCUCUGUUCGGCUACGACGCUCAUGCCCCAACCAAAAACACCCCCGAGGGUCUGAACACAAAGCACACGCUGGGAUUCCAGAGCGUCAAUGUUACCGACGAGGAGAUGCAAGGCCUCUUUAUUGGCUUUGGUGAGUUUCCAGGAGCUGCCCGACUGGGCACUCUUGUCAGCGGCGGCGGAAGCGCGUCUGUGGUUCCGGCCUACAUCAAUUCCCCCCACGAGGCAUUUCAACAGCGCGCAAUGGAGGAUGGGACUUUUUUGCUUUGGGACUUUGAAUCCCAAGACCCUGUAUAUGCGAAUGCCGGAUCUGACGCAUGCAUUGUGUUCAUCAACGAGUUUGCUGCUGAAGGCUCGGAUCGUUUAACUUUGGCUGACCCUUGGUCAGACCAGCUGGUUCUGAACGUCGCCUCCAAGUGUCCCAAUACCAUUGUGUCAAUCCACAACUCUGGUACUAGGUUGAUGGAAAGAUGGAUUGACCACCCCAAUGUCACCGCCGUUCUCCUAGCCCAUCUGCCUGGCCAGGAUGCUGGCCGUUCAUUAGUCGAGGUUAUGUACGCUUUCCAAGCUCCGUCAGGCCGGCUGCCUUAUACCAUUGCCAAGAACGAAUCCGACUAUGGCGAGUUACUCCAUCCUGUGACCGCCGAUAACGCGUCCAACUACUAUACGUCGGCCAACUUCACAGAGGGAGUUUACAUCGAUUACCGCCGCUUCGAUGCUCUGAACAUCACCCCCCGAUAUGAGUUUGGCUUUGGCCUGACUUACACCACCUUUAAAUACUCGGGUUUGAAUCUCAGUCUGGCAGCCGAAGGCACAAACACCGGGCCACUUCCACCGCGCUCAGAAACCGCACAAGGUGGCGCACAGUCCCUGUGGGAUGUUGUUGCAGUUGCAAGUGUAGAGGUCGAAAACAACGGCAAUGCAGCUGCUCCUGAGGUCCCCCAACUUUACGUUGGCAUCCCUGGCGCUCCAGAGAAGCAGCUGCGCGGGUUCGAAAAGGUGUCCCUGGGUCCCCAGGAGAGCAGAACGGUUAGCUUCUCGCUCACUCGGAGAGACUUGAGUGUAUGGGACGUAGUACAUCAGAAUUGGGUCUUGCAGAAAGGGGAUUACAAGGUGUAUGUUGGUGCAAGCAGUCGUGAUGUGCGCGUUACAGGCGUUCUAUCUGUUUGA